AUGACACAAUACCUGGAUACGGAGAACGUAGCAGAAGUCACCCGAGACCUGCUGAAGCAACCAAAGCAGAGUGGCUUGCUCCAGGUCGUAGUGAGAGGUACGUACGUCGUGGUGGCCAUUUGCAAUGGUGCAAAACCCUGUUGGACUUGCUCUAAGAGAAGCCUGCUGUGUUCUUAUGGGGACGAACCCGCAGUUGAUGAUACAAAAUCCUCUCCGAAACGCUUGAAAGGACCUAUUCUCACCAGCGCAAAUUCAGAUGCAGAUGCUGGUACCGGUCACCAAAAAUCACCCAUUGAUGGGCAUCCUUCCGUGUCGGCAAGCGAUCAAAGCCAUAAAGACUUGCCUGCUAAUGGUCUUCCGGUUGCUAAUGGCGCCGUCCAAGGAGGCCUUCCUGGUGGCUUGCCUGAUGUUGUGGCUGACAACAAUGAACCCGCAAGUGUAGCGUCGCAAUACGAGGAAGCUGUUAUCUAUACCAAUACUCGAAUGCUCCAAGAUCCAACGGGAAGGCUGUUAUAUAUUGGAGAUUCGGCUUCAUUGUCAUUCUUACAAUUGAUCCGAAUGAUUGUCGAGAACGUCGCGGGGCCAUCUCGCUUUACUCAGGAUCCACUCAGGCACCGAAUCGUUGAAGGCACAACAUCUUUACCACCGAACAUCCGACACACCCACCUCCUGCCGGAUCGCGAAACAGCUAACACGCUCGUUAAUGGUCUUAUCGAAUUCUGCCAUCGCAAGUCAUUCAUGACCACAUUGGACCGGUGCUAUACCGAUCCGCUAAACAUAGAUCCACAGUGGCUUUGCCUACUGAAUCUCGUCUUUGCGAUCGGUCUCACUAUGGCUGGUCCCCUCCCUGGGACUCCGGAAGAUGUCAUCAUAAGGAGGUUACGAGCAGAUCCAGUCGACAGAGCUGAGAUGUUUUAUGAGAACGCCAAGGAGCUUCGUGAUCCCUCUACAGGAUUCGAGGAUUCUGGGUUCUGGAGCAUACAGGCUCUCACGCUCAUGUCUGUCUACAUGCUUGCUGUCUCGAGAAGAAAUGCAGCGUACGCUUUAUAUGGCAUGGCUGUGCGUUCUGCUUUUGCACUGGGUCUCCAUCGAGAGGAGACGAUGUGCAUAUUUGGCAGUGCUGAACAGUCCGUCCGUCGAAAUCUUUGGCGCUCAUUGUUUGUUCUGGAUCGGUUCCUCGCAACAUCUCUUGGCCGUCCUACCGCUAUCCGAGAAAGUGACUGCUCUGGCAGUACCCUUUUGACAGGCGAAAGCCCACCUUUCCCCCAGGCACCCUUCCCAACGGUCGCGAACGCAAGCUUUACUAGCUCAAGUGCACUUGGUCUAGAAGCAUCUGUCCGCAGUUGUCACGUUGUUGGUGUGAUUUUGGAAAAGGUAUAUUCGAAGCGAAAAAUAUCUACGAGACUUGCACAAGAGAUUGCAGACUCGUGCAAAGGCUGGCCAAAAGCUCUGGAUCCAAGUCUUAAUCAUCGGCAAGCUUCCACAGCCACUCGGGAGCAAGGGGUCGCAAUUCUGCAUGUCAACCUCCUGUACUUCCACUCUAUCAUCCUACUCACCAGGCCAUUUUACCUAUACCUGAUGAACAAGGCAUAUCAGGUUCCAGAUAUUUCAGGCCUUGACUCUGGACCAAAAUCGCAUAGGUCUCGCAUGGAAAAAUUCGCUGCUACGUGUGUGAUCGCAAGCACUCAGAGUAUCGCCUUGGUACAAAGUGCUCACGAAAAUUGCCAUUUAUCACAGCGGAAUCCUUUUGUUCUAUACUUCAUAUUCGCCGCUAGUCUUGUGGUCUUAGCGAACGAGUUUUGUGGACUCUACUCGAACCCAAAUGCCGAUAAUUCUCUCAACAACGCCAUAAAUGUCAUACAUCACUUCAGUGAUCAGGACCCACAGGCCCGCCGCCUCCUCGUCAUCUUGGAGUCCUUCCGCGAGGUAGUGGUUCAACAGCAGGCCAUCCGCGCUCACCAACCAGGUGCAGCCUUAUCUCUGGCAGAAGAAAAUAACGAUGCGAUGGCAAAUCUCUUUUACGGCUCGGCACCAACUAUCCCCACCAACGAUCCGUAUGCGAUCCCUGGACUCGAUCCGACCGUACUUCCCUCCGACACUCCACAAUUUUCAGGCCCAGUUCCAUUGGCGAGCGAUUUCUCUCCGCCUAACGGUAACAUUCGCAGUGGUGCAUCCCGAAGUAACUCUAUCGAUGCAUUCUUCGAUCUUGCUCGGGUAUCGUCACAGCCAAAUAGUCGAGAAGGCAGUGAUGGAAACGGUUCUACCGGCGAGAGAGAGUUCGACUUCGAUAGCCUGUGGCAAUUCUCGGCCAUUGGGCCACCUCUUACCCCUAGCUCAGUGUCUGCUUCAAAUCCCAACAUUGUUGCUCCGAGUUUGCCAAUGGGAGAGAAUGGAAUUCAAGGAAUGACCGAGAGUCACAUCCCUUUGUACGGAUUGUCCAACGGGGGCUUUGAAUUGUAG